AGACAUUUGAAGGAAAUUGAAGAUUUUGAAAUCGAGCAUACGCAAAACCCUCAAAGGAACAUGUACAGAGUUUCGAGGCUUUUCUUCAGAAAACAUGGUUUGGAUCCUUUUCUAUCGAGAAAAUUAUCGGUAAUCACACCAAAGGACACCUUCUUCCAUUUUUUCUGUACUACUUCUGAGGUAAGUUCUUCUCAAAGCUCUUCACAGUUGUUCUCACAUUGCAAUUCUAGAAGCUCAACAUUUGAAAGCAACACCAACAAUAGCUUAACAAACCAUUUUGGCCUCAUUCGCCUGCAAGAGAAUUCAGUAAAUCACGCAAACGAUCAAAGUCGUGACGAGUUUGCUUCUGAUGUGGAAAAGGUUUAUAGAAUAUUACGAAAGUACCAUUCUAGGGUUCCCAAAUUGGAACUCGCUCUCAGAGAAUCUGGAGUUGUUGUGAGGCCCGGAUUGACUGAACGUGUGUUGAAUCGAUGUGGUGAUGCCGGGAAUUUGGCGUAUAGGUUCUAUUCCUGGGCCUCUAAGCAAUCUGGUUUUCGACAUGAUCAGGAUGCAUACAAGGCAAUGAUUAAGAUUUUGGGUAGGAUGCGUCAGUUUGGUGCUGUUUGGGCACUGAUUGAGGAAAUGAGGCAGGAGAAUCCUCAGUUGAUUACGCAGCAAGUGUUUGUUAUUUUGAUGAGAAGGUUUGCCUCUGCAAGGAUGGUUCAGAAGGCGGUUGAAGUGUUGGAUGAGAUGCCCAAGUACGGGUGUGAACCGGAUGAGUAUGUUUUCGGGUGUUUGUUGGAUGCUUUAUGCAAGAAUGGAAGUGUUAAGGAGGCAGCUUCGCUGUUUGAGGACAUGAGGUAUCGGUGGAAACCGAGUGUGAAGCAUUUUACUUCAUUGUUGUAUGGUUGGUGUAAGGAAGGGAAGCUUAUGGAGGCCAAGCAUGUGUUGGUUCAGAUGAAGGAAGCGGGCAUUGAGCCAGAUAUUGUGGUUUAUAACAACUUACUCGGUGGGUAUGCUCAGGCCGGAAAAAUGGGGGAUUCUUAUGAUCUUUUGAAAGAGAUGAGGAGGAAGGGUUGUGAGCCAAAUGCCACGUCUUACACAGUUUUGAUCCAGUCACUCUGUAAACAUGAAAGAUUGGAGGAGGCUACGCGGGUAUUUAUGGAGAUGCAGAGAAGUGGUUGUCAGGCGGAUGUUGUUACAUAUUCCACAUUAAUUAGUGGAUUUUGUAAGUGGGGAAAAAUAAAAAGGGGGUAUGAGCUUUUGGAUGAGAUGAUACAGCAAGGGCAUUCCCCAAAUCAGACUAUUUAUCAGCAUAUCAUGGUGGCCCAUGAGAAGAAGGAGGAGCUGGAAGAAUGUAAGGAACUGGUGAAUGAGAUGCAGAAGAUUGGUUGUCCUCCGGAUCUUAGCAUCUACAAUACCGUCAUUAGGUUGGCUUGCAAGUUGGGAGAGGUCAAGGAAGGUGUUCGACUUUGGAAUGAAAUGGAAUCCAACGGGCUCAGUCCUGGCAUUGACGCCUUUGUCAUCAUGAUUAAUGGUUUUCUUGAGCAAGGCUGCCUAGUUGAAGCCUGUGAGUAUUUUAAAGAGAUGGUUGGAAGAGGGCUUUUUACUGCUCCUCAAUAUGGUACCCUGAAGGAUCUGAUGAAUUCUCUUCUAAGAGCUGAGAAGCUUGAAAUGGCCAAAGAUGCUUGGAAUUGUAUCACGGCUUCUAAAGGGUGUCAGCUAAAUGUGAGUGCAUGGACAAUCUGGAUUCAUGCACUCUUUUCAAAAGGACAUGUGAAGGAGGCUUGUUCAUUCUGUAUAGACAUGAUGGAUAAGGAUUUAAUGCCACAACCAGAUACUUUUGCAAAACUUAUGCGUGGUCUGAGGAAAUUAUAUAACAGGCAGUUCGCAGCAGAGAUCACGGAGAAGGUAAGGAAAAUGGCAGCUGAUAGGCAGAUCACUUUUAAGAUGUAUAAACGGAGAGGAGAGAGGGACUUGAAAGAAAAGGAAAAGGAGAAAAAGGAUGGGAGGAAGAGGAGAGCUAGACAACGCCAAUGGGGUGGAGGCCGUCAGAAAUUAUAAUUUUCAAUGGUGAAGUUUGACAUAAAAUAUGUAGGAAUUCAGAGGAGUGUGAUCUUUGGCAAGAAUUUGGUCAGGAAAUUCAAUCGAAUGGAAAUUAAAUGAUCAUAUUCAAAUUCAAUUCAUAGAGAAGCUGCUUUUUCUCUGAUGUAUCAAUACUCACCGACCAAAAUCGUUACUAUCAGAAUUUGAGAACUUGAGAUAAGGUGAGAGGAAGGGAAAUACAGAUUGAAAAGGAAUUCUAACUCUAAAAUUCCAUUUACUGCUUGACUCUAAUAUGAACAAUUCAAAUUAACUGUUAGAAUAGUUAUGUUAUGCACCAUGCAUUUCUUUCUACCAUUAACCAGUUAACUAUCAGAUAUCCACUCUUUGCAGAGUAACUCUUUUAAAAUUUUCAACCCUCUUUGCAUGUCGCCUGUACUUGGAUGGAUUAUCCAUUAUUAGCUAAAAACAGGCAUUCUAAUCAUUAGUGAAAUAUCUCUAUCAAUGAUCAGAAUAACAUUAGCCAGAAUUUAUUUUCCCUCUUGACUGAAUUUUCUUGGAUGGGAUGGGAGUAUUUACCAUGAUUAGCUGAAAGCCUGAAAAGUGGGAAUGUAUUAACUUCCUUUUUCUAACUUUCAAGUGCAGUCUUAUGAACUUUCCUGUAAUCUGUUUAUUGAUCACUGAAGGAAAGGAGUUUGGGAUUGACUUGCUCUCCUUUUAUUCAUGUUUAUGUUAUGUGAUGCGGGUGAUGGAUUGUUAUACCGGAAUUCGUAUGGGAAACCCGCCGGUCAUCCUCCCCCUGGCACGAAUAGAUUUGGCUUGAAUGAUUUUGGUUAAGUAAACUUUAAACUCACGGGUAGGUUGGUACCCAGUUUUAUAGGAUAUAUCACCUUCAUCGAAGAAAUUACGUAUGUGUAGCACUUCUGUAUGGUGUUGCGUGAUCUGAUCAGCCAGUGACUGAUAUGCUUUACGAAAAUGUGAUACUUGUUUAAAAAACCUUCAUUUACACAAUCAGCCACGGGGAAGUAUUUUCUUUCGUUUUUGUCAAAAUUGUUAAUGCAACAAGAUUAUGUUGUCUUCCUUUUCCAUUUCUUCACUUAGGUGUCAAGUCUACAUGUGCAUAAUUUAGGUACAUAUUGUGAAAAAUGAAUGCUAUUUUUUACGGAUAUCUUCUGGACCAGGUAAUCCGUUUGGUGGCAGGCAACAUGGCGGUACAGAUGGCUACUGGAUAACUUUUUUUCUGUAUCAUGUCUCACUGGAAUUUUGUUAUCUAAACCUUGUAGACCCCCCUUUUCAUCUGAUUUUAUUUUUAAAAUGCUACUUUGACUACGAAGUCACCAGGCAUUGCAAAUUCCAUUAGUGGAAAAGGAGGAGAUAGCUCAAAGGAUCGCAAUUUGGGCAAUAUACUUUCUUUUCUCAAUGGGGUUCGAGAACUCCCCAAAGGAUCCAAUGUUCAGAAGAGAAGAUCCUUUCACGGGAGCAUUCCUUCAUAGUACGAGUAUAUUGCAUUAUGCAGUUCUGGCUCUUUAAGUUCAGAGUUUAGCUGUGAUCUGGAUCCAGAAUUAGAUGCAAUACCCUGAUGUGUUAUACUCCCCUCACUCACGCUGCUAAUAACUCUUCUGUUCAUUGAAGUUUUAAACUUAGGUUAUGCCUAGUUUAGGCGAAAGACAGUGUAAAAUAAGGUGAAAAAUUAAAAUGUAGUUUUUGAUAGAACAAGAGUUCUACCUAUAAUCAUUUUAUAUGGAAAAUGAUAUUUUAACAUCAUUUUUUGACACGUGUGCAAUGUGAUUGGACGAUUUUAAAUUAAAAUAGUUGAGA